AUGAUAUUUGAUUAUCUUUCAACAGUUGAUAUAUAUCGUGGAUUUAUAAAAAUAAAUUCUUAUAUUGAUUCGGUUGUUUCAAAUUACAAAAAUUAUCAAUUAAAUUUUCGAUCGAUUCUUAAAAAAGAAUUUGAUUUAAUUUGUCGUUAUAUGAAUCCACAUGGUAUUGUUUCAUUAAUAUUAUCUGAUAAUAUUGAUACUCCUGGUCAAUCAAAUUUAUUUUUAUCAUUAUUUAAAUUUGAAGAAUUUCAUUAUAAUUUACGUUCUUUAUCACUUAUUAAUCUUAAUCAAGAUUCAAUAUUAUUAAUAAAUAAUUAUUUUGAUAUGUUUACUAAUUUAUCAUCAUUAACAAUACUAAAUAUAAUAAGUGAAGUUCCAUCAAAAUUAUUUUAUAUUUAUCCUAAAUUAAAUCGUUUAAAUAUUUCACAUGAUUGGUUAUUUAGUAAUAAACUAUCAUUGAUGCAACUUGAAUAUUUAAUUAUAUCAAAUCGAUGUAAAUCAAAUGAAUUUGAAACAAUAAUAAAUCGUUGUCCAAAAUUAAUUUCACUUAAUAUUUGUCUUGAAAGAGAUAUUCGUAUAAAUAUAAAUGGAUUAACAUCAAAUCUUUCUCGAUUAAUACUUAAUAUGUCUCUUUAUCAAAUAAAUAUAAUUGAAUUAAAAGAAAUUUUAAAUUGUUUUCCUUAUUUAAUUUAUUUUGAAAUUGAAUGUCGAAGUGAUCUUGAUUUAUGUGAUGGAUAUCAAUGGGAAAUAUUUAUUUCAAAUAAAUUAUUUUAUUUAAAAAAAUUUUUUUUUAAAUUUCAAUUAAUAUCUACAAUUAUAUUAAAUAUAAAUGGUAUUGAACAAAUAUUAAAAUCUUAUUCAUCAUAUUUUUGGUUAAAAGAAAAACAAUGGUUUAUUGCUAUUGAAUGGGGACAAAGAUUAAUUUAUUCAGUUCCAAAAUUUUCAUGUCAAUCAGCUGAUAGAAAUUUUCGUCCACCAAUUCAUACAACAAUAAAUAAUGAAAAUAUUUUUUAUGAUAAUAUAAAUGCACUUGCACUUUGGGGAGAAACAAAUUAUAAAUUUCGAUAUGUUAAAGAAUUAUGGCUUGUUGAUGAUCCAUUAAUGAUUAAUAUUUUUGAUGUUAUUGAUCUUAAUAAAAUUGAAACAUUAAUAUUUGUAUCAUCAAAUAAUAAUUUAUCAAUUGAUACAAUAUUUAAUUUAAUAUCAAAUAUGAAAAAUGUUAAUUCAAUACAAUUUUUUGAUAUUCCAUUAUCAUUAAUUGAAUAUAAAAAACGAACUUUUAUUAUUCGACAAAUUCAUUCAAUUGAAUUAAAUAAAGAAUUAAAAUCAUUAUCAUUUAUUGAAAUAUUAAAUAAAAUUUUUCCUGAAAUACAACGUUUAAAUAUGAAAAUAAAAUCAAUUGAAGAUAUUCGAAAAAUAUUAAAUUCUUUUUCAGAAUAUUUAUCAAAUGUUUGUUUUUAUUGUAAUACAUCAAAUAUAUUAUUAACAAGAGAAUAUUUUGAAAAAAUCAUAGGUCAUACAAAUUUUACAUAUCAUAUUGAUUUAAAUUCAAUAACACUUUGGAUUGGUAUUGAAUAUUCAUCAAAUUCAACUGAAUCCUUACAAAGGAAAUCUAUUGGUUGUUUUUCAUGGUGUCAUCGACGAAAAUCUUUAUUGAAAUGA